AUGGGUAAGAAGAACACUAAAGGUGGUAAGAAAGGUAGAAGAGGUAAGAACGAAUCCGAUGGUCAGAAGCGUGAAUUGAUCUACAGAGAAGAAGGUCAAGAAUAUGCCCAAAUUACCAAAAUGUUAGGUAAUGGUAGAGUGGAAGCUACUUGUUUCGAUGGUGUUAAGAGAAUGGCUCAUAUCAGAGGUAAAUUAAGAAAGAGAGUUUGGAUGGGUCAAGGUGAUAUUAUUUUGGUUUCUUUAAGAGAUUUCCAAGAUGAUCAAUGUGAUGUUGUUCAUAAAUAUAACUUGGAUGAAGCUAGAACAUUGAAGACUCAGGGUGAAUUACCAGAAAAUGCUAAAAUUAAUGAAACCGAUAACUUUGGUUUCGAAUCUGAUGAAGAAGUUAACUUCGAAUUCGGUGCUGAAGAUGAUGACGAAGAUGAAGGUGAAUCUGAUUUCGAUAUUGAUGAUAUUUAG